AUGUCUGGCGAAAAGAUCUUCGAGGGCAUCUUUGCCACCCACAAGCCGCAAGGCGUCACCUCCGCCGACGUCGUCCGCAAGGUACAGCAGCACUUCCAGCCCUCGAAGACUUUCAAGCCAUGGCUCGACUCCGAGAAGGCCCGACGAGACCGCGAGUCCAAUUUCCAGCAAAAACGGCGCCGCAACAAACGCCUGGAAAUCAAGGUCGGGCAUGGCGGCACACUCGACCCGCUCGCGACAGGUGUGCUCGUCAUUGGCGUGGGCAAGGGGACCAAGUCCUUGGGUGAUUUCCUCGGCUGCACCAAGGCCUACGAGGCGACGAUUCUCUUCGGCGCGGAGACCGAUACCUACGACCGGCUGGGCAAGAUCACCCGCCGUGCGCCAUACGAGCACGUCACACGCGAAGCGGUGGAGAAGGCACUCGAUCAAUUCCGCGGGAAGAUUAUGCAGAAGCCGCCGAUUUUCUCGGCGCUGAGGAUAGAUGGCAAGAAGCUCUACGAGUAUGCGCGCGAGGGCAAGGUGCCGGAUGUGGAGAUCAAAGCGCGCCCGGUGGAGACGCUGGAUAUUAAGAUCAUGGAGUGGUAUGAGCCUGGGACGCAUGAUUACAAGUGGCCUGAGGAGGAGAUGGUCGGGAAGGAGAGGGCUGCGGCAGAGCAGCUCAUUGACCGGGUUGAUGCGUUGCCCGCGACAGCAGAGGGUGAGACGACUUCCGAUGCGUCGGCCACGAAACGAAAGUCAUCGCCUCCCAACGAGGAGUCUACCGACGCCAAAAAGGUGAAAGUGUCAGAGACCGAAGCAGCAGACGCACCCAAGGAUCCCGAGCCUGCAACCGGUGAGACGACUUCUGCGCAGUCCGAGCAGUCCCGGCCGCAGCCUGCAGCGGUCAAGAUCUCCAUGACCGUCACCUCGGGCUUCUAUGUCCGCUCCCUGGCUCAUGACCUGGGCAAAGCGGUGGGCAGCUGCGCCCUGAUGAGCGAGCUUGUGCGGACGCGCCAGGGCGACUACGAGCUGGCACCCGAGAAGACACUGGAAUACAAGGAUUUCGAGGCCGGCGAGGAGGUUUGGGGCCCAAAAGUGCAAGGGUUCCUGGAGAAGUGGAACCGGAAUCGGUUGGACAAGUUGGAGGCCGAGAAAUAA